AAACCUAAAAAUUCAGCGUAAAAGAAUCAGCUCUCAUAUGCCCUUUAAACCCUAACAAUCAGCUCUUAUCUCUCUCCUUGCUGCUCUCAUCAACAGCAACCGUCAUCACCAACCGAAGCUCUCGUACAACGGCUCUCUCAUCUUCUCGCGGAUUCCAGAUCUAGAACCAUCAUCGGUGCCCUAAAACAAAGUUGUUUCAGAGUCUGGCGAUUGAAUCUGUUUGAUUGGAGCUAGAAAUCGUUGGAAUCUGUUUGAUUGGAGCUAGAAAUCGAUUGAAUCGGUUUGAUUGGAGCCAGAAAUCGAUUGAAUCUGUUUGAUUGGAGCUAGUGAAUCUGUUCGAUUGAAUGUGUUUCGAUUGAACACCGAUGAAUCUGAUAAGGCACUGAAACGAAUUUGAUUUUGAUUUUCAAUCGAUUGUAUCAACAAUUACUGAAAAUUUGAAUGUGUUGAGAUGAUUGCUCUUUGCGUUUGCUCAGUUGCAUGAUUUCUUCAGGGUUAUGCUCCGAUCUGCUUAGGGCUUGAAGAUUUUGAUAUACGUCGUCUCUAUCUACGUCUCUAUCUACGUAUUCAGUCUUGGAACACAAAAGAAUGGCUUGAUAAGUCGAAGACCGGGUCAUCAAACCGGAAAAGCGGCGAUAUCAAUUGCAGUCGCGCAUCAUCUCGACACACAGGUGGAUCAAUGGGCUUUGAUGAGCAUCAUGACAAUUGGAAAAGGACAUAUGAUCGGGAACCUAGUUGGAAAGAAAUCUUUCUACAAACCCACCUCACCAAAAAGUGCAAAGAAAUGUUAAGGAAUGGGGAUAUUAGCAUAUACGACAUGAAGAAUUUGGAGUUUUGUACAGACGAAUCCAGAGAAGCAUAUGGUGGCUACUUGGAGGCGAUGCAUGAUCUUCAUGGGUCUGACUUCACUGAGGUUCCUGAUGACCCCGGGGUGUGGGCUCGUGUGCAGGCAAGAGGUCGUAGGAUUCGGGUAUAUGGGGUAGGAUCUUCGGAUUUGCAUUACAUGGUGACCGGGACGUCAUCCUCUUCUAGCGGGUGUGCAUCAUCAUCUAUUGAUUACCAACGGUCCCAAGAAGAGGCUCAAGCUAUGCGAACAGAAUUGGAAGACAUUCAAGCUCGUCUUGAAAAUGAGACCAAGGCGAGAGAAGAUCUUAUGGCUCGUCUUGAAAUUGAGAGAAAAGCGAGAGAAGAUCUUCAACAACACAUUAAUGAAGCGGUGAAAAGAGAGCUACAAGACUUCAUGAAGAAUUGGCGUUCUAGUAAUUAGUUAUAAGUUGGUAUCGUUUUAAACACAUAUGCUAAGUUGAUAUCGUUUUAAACACAUAUGCAUGCUAAGAGUUUGUUUUGUGGUUUAGACAUACUAGAUAUUGCGUUAUGGAUAUUACAAGUUGGUUAGCUUUAUUGUGGUUUUAAAACAGGUUUUAUAAUUUUCUAGUGA